AGAGCCUCUCCCCGAAGUCGAAUAGUGAAGUGUUGAUGCGAGAGGGAGCAACCAUUUAUUCACAUUUCGUUGGUUUCGGAUUAUAAAUGUUAUGCACAACCAUCAUCGCGGGUGUCUGUGAAGUCGGAGUGGACAACUAGUUACGAGAUUUAUCACUUUUUCUACUCAUGGAAUGUAUUUUUUUUUCUUAUUUUCAGCAGCUAUAAACAUUCCGUUUUUUUCCUGCAGAGCUAUCCAAGUAAGGUAAAAGUCGGAUUUUAGGGAUAUUUAUCUUGUAACCUAGUUUCUCGAUGCAGGGACAAGCCAUUCGUUUUUUUGUUUUGUUAUUUUCUUACGUCUUCCAACCGACUGUGAUUGUGGCAACAUUUGUUCGCGGUCCACCGCUAUCUUCUGCAGCGUUCAUGUAACCUUGUCUUCGAGCUCAGCCCUACGGGUUUUGCUACUGGGAUAAGGGGACUAAAAAGUUACUUGUCAUAAAUGGAUCGCCAUUCCAGUUUCAUUUGCAUUUGGCUACAACUGGAACUGUGUGCCAUGGCUGUUCUUCUUACUAAAGGAGAAAUACGGUGUUACUGUGAUGCCCCCCACUGCGUGGCCACAGGCUACAUGUGCAAAUCGGAACUAAACGCCUGUUUCACCAAGGUGUUGGACCCUAUGAACACGAACUCGCCUCUCACACACGGGUGUCUAGAUCCCAUAGCAAACGCUGCCGACGUGUGCAGCGCUAAGAACACAGAUGCCCUGAGCGGGGGCUUGUCCACACUAGACUGUUGUCACGACGACAUGUGUAACUACAGAGGACUACACGACCUGGCGCACACCAGAGAAUCUACAGACCACGGCAGGUACCAGCCUGAGAGCAACAACCAUAACCUGGUCACGCGGGUACAGGAGCUGGCCUCUGCCAAAGAGGUGUGGUUCAGGGCGGCGGUGAUUGCGGUGCCUAUCGCGGGAGGCCUCAUCCUGGUUCUUCUCAUCAUGCUGGCGUUAAGGAUGCUCCGCAGCGAGAACAAGCGGCUGCAGGACCAGAGGCAGCAGAUGUUGUCACGGCUCCACUACAGCUUCCAUGGCCACCACACUAAGAAGGGCCACGUGGCAAAGCUAGACUUGGAGUGUAUGGUGCCUGUGACGGGCCACGAGAACUGCUGCCUCACCUGUGACAAGAUGAGACAUGCAGACCUGGGAAAUGACAAGAUACUGUCACUGGUACACUGGGGGAUGUACAGUGGGCACGGAAAGUUGGAGUUCGUAUAACUUACUUUUCUAAGAUCGUUUGACUUCACUUUAUGUCCCACCACACCCUUCCCCACCCGCCCCCCAGAAAACAGCCAAGACUGCCUCCUCCACUCGUUGGGGUUUCUCUUUUAACUUAAAAAAUGAAUCCCCUUUUUUGUACAUUGUACUUAUCUGUUUUCUUCAAUGGAAGAAAAAAAGAGGACAGAAUUGAACGCAAGCCUUGUGGUUUUUGCUAAAGGAGCACUUUACUUGAAAAUUAAAGGCAAACCAAUGAGGAGCUGAGCGGGCAGGGCUGAGCUGACGGAUUGAAAGAGCUCUGACAAGCCCCUGUCUGCCUGUGCAUCCUGGACUUUACACAGACUGCUGAAGGAUUCCAAAUCGGUCUUAUUUGCACAUUUGUAAAAACAAAAAAAACGUUGUUUUGCUUAAAGAAAAGCUAAAUAGGAGAAGAAUUUUACACUGACACCAGGGUACAAAUAAGUACUUUUUGAGGAGUAUAGGUGACUUAAGGUGUGUACACUCCUCUAUGUUUCUUGAUCCAAGCUUAUUGUAAAGAUUGAAAAUAUAUAUAUUUUUGUCUGAUAGAAACACCCUGUUCUGUGUGUUCUUCCCUGCUACGUGUGUGUGAGAGAGCGAGAAAGAGAGAUGAGAGCUGUGGCACAUGUCAGAGAGGCCUUUUUCUAUCUGUAUCUUUCUGGGUUGUGUGUCUAUACAGUACAGUGAGAGGAUGUGUGGCGAGAGAGGAACACGCUGCCUCUGAUGUGUGUUGGACCAGGCAGAGUGUGUGUGUGUGUGUGUAGGUCUGACUUCAUAGUGAGGCCAUGUUUCACAGUAGUGCUCCACAUGACUCAGUCAUUCUUGAACUUCCUCCAAAGGUUAGGAUCUCAGCUUCAAACAAAUGUUGUUUAUUUCAUUGCACAUGCUGGAUUUCUCCUGGAAGUAGUGUGGAUAUUUAUUUCAUACUCAAUCGAAGGCCUGUAUAAUCCCUCCCCAUUCAGCUUCUCUGGAUGUGUUUCUGCCGACACACUAACCCUCCUGUAUCCAACCUCGUGUUGAUGAAGAGGGCUUUUUUCCCUGCCAAGCAACUAGGCUAGCGAUUAUGCCAAAUAUCUUAUUACACCACUUAGAAAUAGAUCUCAAGUGUGAUGGUGGGAUUUGUUUUAUUAAGAGAGUUAUUGAUGAGCUAUUAAGAUAGUUAAUAUGGAACCUACAGACUUAUGGGUUUAAUAAUGUGAAGCCUGUAUUUUUUUUAAUUGUCGUUGAAAACCCCCAUCACUUCUUUUCCCAGUAUGUGUUCCUCUCCCAUCGAUUUGGCCUCCUACUUCAUUACAUAGUAAUACUUCCCUGAUGAUGUCUGAGAGGGGAGGGAUGAACAUGCAGGAGCACAAACACACACAGUAUGCACUCACCCACCCACCCA